UGCAAUUAAUUGGCUCGAAAGCAUUUAUUGCACAAAAAUACAUUUUACUAUUUCACUAUCACACUUGUACGUACCUUGUUAUAUACUUAUAGAUAUCUUGAGAAACAAGUUUUGAGUGAUUUUUCAUUAAGAUAAUCAGACGACGACAAUCGAAAGAUGGCCGGUGGUGGUGGUGGUGGAAGAUCGUUGGAGCAAACGCCAACUUGGGCGGUUGCCGUUGUUUGUUUUGUGUUAGUUGCAAUAUCUAUUGUCAUUGAACAUAUUAUCCACCUUAUUGGAAAGUGGUUGAAGUCUAAAAAUAAAAGUGCCUUGUAUGAAGCACUUGAAAAGAUCAAAGCAGAGCUUAUGCUGCUGGGAUUCAUAUCAUUGUUGUUAACAGUAGGACAAAGUCCAAUUUCGAACAUAUGUGUAUCAGAAAAAUUAGGAAAUUCAUGGCAUCCAUGUAGUAAAAAAGAAGAUAGUAAUAUAAUUUCAGAAGAUUCGUUGUCGGAGCAACACCGCCGGAGACUUCUUAUGGAUGCUGCCGGCGGUGGCGUACGACGAAUAUUGGCUGGUGGUGGUGGAGAUGACAAAUGUGCAGCAAAGGGAAAAGUACCAUUUGUGUCUGCUGAUGGAAUUCAUCAAUUACACAUUUUCAUCUUUGUGCUGGCUGUAUUUCACGUCCUCUAUUGUGUUACAACUUUGGCUUUGGGGAGAGCUAAGAUGAGAAGUUGGAAGUCAUGGGAAAAUGAAACUAAAACAGCUGAAUACGAAUUUUCUCACGAUCCCGAAAGGUUUCGAUUUACAAGAGAAACAUCAUUUGGAAGAAGACACUUGAGCUUUUGGACCAAAAAUCCUGUCCUACUUUGGAUCGUUUGUUUCUUUAGGCAAUUUGUAAGAUCUGUCCCAAAAGUUGAUUACUUAACACUUAGGCAUGGAUUUAUUACGGCACAUUUAGCACCACAGAGCCACCAAAAAUUUGAUUUCCGAAAGUACAUUAAACGAUCACUUGAAGAAGAUUUUAAAGUGGUUGUAGGAAUCAGUCCCCCAAUAUGGUUCCUCGCCGUGCUCUUCUUACUCUUUAAUACUCAUGGCUGGUAUUCCUAUCUUUGGCUACCAUUCAUCCCCUUGAUUGUGAUAUUAUUAGUAGGGACAAAGCUACAAGUGAUAAUAACAAAAAUGGGGCUAAGGAUUCAUGAAAGAGGAGAAGUAGUAAAAGGGGUACCUGUGGUUCAGCCAGGGGAUCACCUUUUUUGGUUCAACCGUCCUCGUCUCAUUCUUUAUCUUAUUAACUUUGUUCUCUUUCAGAAUGCUUUUCAGUUGGCCUUCUUUGCUUGGACUUGGUAUGAAUUUGGGUUGAAAUCUUGUUACCAUGACCAUACUGAGGAUAUUGUCAUCAGAAUUACUAUGGGGGUCCUCAUUCAGAUUCUGUGCAGUUAUGUCACUCUUCCUCUUUAUGCCCUUGUGACACAGAUGGGUUCAAACAUGAAAUCAACUAUCUUCAAUGAAAGAGUAGCAACAGCAUUGAAGAAUUGGCACCACACAGCAAAGAAACAUGUAAAGGAUCAAAGCAAGCAUUCUAAUCCAGUGACACCAAUGUCAAGUAGACCAGGGACACCUUCUCAUCAUGGCAUGUCACCCGUGCAUUUAUUGCGCGGACAUUAUAGGAGUGAUAUGGGCAGUCUACAAAACUCACCUCGUAGAUCAAACUACGAUUUUGAUCAUUGGGACAACGAGGGCUCACCUUCACCCUCCCGGUUUUACCAGGAGGCUGUUGAUGGCUCAUUGCACCAUAUUCAACUUGGUCAAUUGGACCAUGAACCGCAACAAGUUAUUGAGCCUAAUUCGUCACAAGUGGUUCCUCUAUCACAAGAGGGUCGCGACCAACAUGAGAUUACUAUUGCUGGAUCAAGAGAUUUUUCGUUUGAGAAAAGAACAACCAGUAUAUAGAUAUUAUUAUUUAAUUAACAAGGAGCACAUUAAUACUAUAUUCUAGAUUAUUUUUAUUAGUUUAUAUACUUGAUUUCGGAGAAAUAACGAUUGUAAAGUUGCAGCAAUGGAUGCACGGUGUAAAUCUGUAAUUAAAAUAUGGAGAAUUCGAUCUGAAAAUUCUACAUCUAUUUUAUCGUUUUGAAUGAA